AUGAAAAUGUUAAUUGUUGUCGAAUUAUUAUUUUUAUUUAUUUUCAUAACUGAUCAUCCUUCUUAUUUUAUUCAAGCUGAUUCAACAUCAUGUCGUAGACAAGUUGAAUGUUUUAUAUGUGAUUCACGUGAAAUUGAAGCAUGUGAAGAUGCAAGAAAUUUUUCUCAAGCACAAAUUCCAAUACGUUUAUGCGAUGAUUAUUGUUUAAAAGUGUGGACACGUGAAAAUGAUAGUUUAAUAGGUGAUGAUAAAAUACAUGCAUUACGUUAUGUACGACGUGAUUGUCAUAAAAUAUUUCGUUAUCAUAUAAAAAAAGCUGAAACAUGUUAUCAACAUAAAAAACAUCAUACAGAUUCAUUAUGUUUAUGUAGUUCGGAUAGAUGUAAUUCAUCGAUUAAUGUUCGACUAAAACGAACUUAUUAUUGGAUUUUUUUCAUGUUUUUUUAUUUUCUAUUGUAUUGA